AUGCAUGUUGGUGGUUGCCCACCGCUGCCACCUAGCAGUAGGCGGCGGAGCAAUAGAUAUAGGAAAUGUUCUUCAAGGCAGGCCAUCAUCCAUGUCCAGAUUCUGCAAUUAGAUCUGAUGAUUCAAGUUUUUGAUAUGAUUGAGUGUUUAAUUGUUAAAUUAAUGUCGUGGUUCGGGUGUGCAGAUGAUGCAUGCAGGAAAGUGGGGUGUGGCGAAGGGCGGUGUGUGGCGGAGGACGACGGUGGUUCAUAUCAUUGUGAAUGUAAGCGUGGCUGGAAGACGAUGAUGGUUGCUCCUAUGCCAUUUCCAUCUUGCAUCGUCCCCAAUUGUAGUAUGGAUUUCUCGUGUGGCGGUAAAGCUCCUCCUCUGCCUCCUCCUCGACCACGAUCACCCUUUAACGCCACCAACGCUUGUAGCUUGGUUUGGUGUGGCGCCGGUGAUUGUGUGGCUAACGGAAACAGACAUCACUGUCGGUGUCAUAAUGAUGCCGAUAAUUUGUUCAACAAUUCUGCCUUUAUUUGCAUGAGAAAAUGUUAUUUUAAAGCAGAUUGCAACCAUCUUGGUAUUGCCCUAACGUCACCGCCACCCCCUCCGCCUCCCACCAGUGCAGGAUCUCGGAGAAACAAGAUUACGUAUACAAUGAUAGAGCUUUUCAUGAUCAGUAUUGCCGUUUUCAUGACAACCAUUCUAGCAGUGACUUAA